GUCUAUUGUCUUCUGCAUAAACGUUGCACUUCAGCUUUCGCUUUUUUAUUUAGAUUUUGUACUUGAAUUAAACUAGUUGUUAAGCUUAAAGUUAUAAAGUCCCUAGCGUAAUUUAAAUAAAAUGCAGAGUAUAGGCUGGACGUUGAUUAUGAAACGAGGCUGCUUUUGCCGAAAGGAGACCCUAAACAUCAACGGAUCCCGCUACACAAUCCGCGACAGGCUGGCGACAGGGGGCUUCAGUCUGAUCGACCUUGGGGAGAACGCCUCCACGCGACGGAGCUACGCGAUAAAGCGCAUCACCUGCCACAGCAUCGACGACCAGAAUAUAGCCCUGCGGGAAAUCGAAAACUGCCGGAAAAUCGACUCUGACAACGUCAUUCGGGUGGUGGAUUACGAGCUGAAAGGCCAGGCGGACAUCGUCAUCAACACGACAAGCACUCUGUAUAUUGUGCUGCCCUACUACAAACAUGGAUCUCUUGCGGACCACCUGCAGCUGCGCUCGCGGAAACAGGAUCACAUGCCCGAGGCCCAGAUCCUGCAGAUUUUCCUGGGCGUCUGCGAGGGACUGAAGGCCAUACACGAGGCAAAGCCAGUACCACUAGCACACCGUGAUCUAAAGACAGCCAACAUCUGUCUGUCAGACUCUUUUGAGCCCAUAAUUGUGGAUCUCGGCUCCAUGACCGAGGCUCGGCUGCAGAUUGUGGGCCAAACGGACGCCCAGCGGCUGCAGGACGAAGCCGAGGAGAGAAGCUCUAUUGUCUACCGGGCACCGGAGCUGUUUACCGUGAAAACGUACUGCACCAUUGACGAGCGGACGGAUAUAUGGAGUCUUGGUUGCGUGCUGUAUGCAAUGUGCUAUUUUAAUUCACCUUACGAUCCCAUCUACGAGCGCGGUGACAGCGUGGCUUUGGCUGUGCUGAGUGGAAACUUAAACAUUCCAGAGGAUUCUAUCUACACAGAGGACAUGCACGAAUUAAUCAACUAUAUGUUACGCACCGACCCCAUGGAACGUCCGUUUAUCUAUAGUGUUAUCGAACGGACCCACGAUCUAAUACAAAAGCUCGAGGGUCGUUUGUAGCUCCCACUUACAAAAUUCCAGCUCGUUUAUAGACAUUUCACCGAACCAGAUACACCGCUAACUGUUUUUUAAUUAUGUAUUGUAAAAUAAUUUUAAACAUAAAGAGAUUUCCGUAAUAAUGGGUUCUUAAUCUA